AAAUCUUUUUAUUUUUGUUCAGUUUUGAUAUUUUUCUGUUUAAACGUUUAUUUCUGUCGCUCUUUCCUCCGGCAGCGAUGAGUCACCUGAACGGGCAGCGUCUCCAUGGCAACGUGAUCCGGGUGACGCUGUCCAAACACCCGGUGGUGCAGCUGCCUCGCGGGGGGGCGGGGCAAGAGGAGCAGACGCUGACUCGGGACUUUUCAGGCUCCGCCCUCCACCGCUUCAAAAAGCCCGGAUCCAAAAACUUCAACAACAUCUUCCCUCCGUCGGCGACGCUGCACCUGUCCAACAUCCCCUCCUCGGUCAGUGAGGAGGUGCUGAAGGAUCUGUUCUCCUCCAGUGGAUUUACAGUAAAAGCCUUCAAGUUUUUCCAGAAGGACAGGAAGAUGGCGCUGAUGCAGCUGGCGUCGGUGGAGGAGGCCAUCGAGGCGCUGAUCGUGCUGCACGACCACCAGCUGGACCACAACCAGCACCUCCGGGUCUCCUUCUCCAAGUCCACCAUCUGACCUCUGACCUCAGCGGCCCACCAGCCAAUCAGAUUUCAGGGCUUCUGAUUGGCCCAUGGAGAGGGACAGACAGACCAAUGGGAGCGCCCCAACACACCUAUGAUCUCUCUGUGCCUACAAACAGCCUGACAUCACGGGGGCGGGUGAUGUCACUAGCAGGGGUAGUCGCCACGGUUACAGAGCACAUUCCUGAGCAGCAGAGCAUUGUGGGUAACGGAGUCCACCGAGGAGCCGACGUGAGUCCAACCUUUAGUGUGUAAAUGUCAGAUUAAUGUGAUGCAGAAAACCAAUCAGGACCAGUUUGUUUUACUGACGCUCAGCCUGCCUUCUGUCAGAAGAAGCCGCUGCUCCUCAUCUCCUCGCCAGAGACACACCAAACGGUUUCUUCUGCAAAGUUUUAACAGAUUUGCUUGAUUUAAAAUUGGUUCUAUUUGUUCUUGUUUCAGUUUUAAACGUUCUUCCUGUUUACUGUGUUGGUUUUCACAAACUCCCACGUUGUUAUUUUGGAUGUUCAGCCGCUCCCUGCUCACGCUCCCACCUGAUCAGGUGGACCUAUCAUCAUCAUCAUCAUCAUCAUUAUUACUGUUUUAGGAUCUAGCUGGCUGCAGUCUCAGCCUCCUUCUGUGCCUUAUUUUUCUGAAUUUUUCUGCUGGGUUUUUGAUUUUUUUACCGGUGUUCAGGUGCCGUGUCGGUGGCGGGUCGUGUUCAUCUGUCUUUGGGUUGUUUUGUAGAAGUUUUUCACUCGGUUACACAUGUUGUUUCUGUCAUACGUCGUGUUGUUGGUGUACAUUCUGGGAGGGUUUUUUAAUCAUGAAUGUAUUUAUAUCGUACAACAUGUAACAGGUAAAGCUUUCGACGUCCCGCCCACCUGUCGUACCUGUGAGUGUGUGUAUUUAUAUGUGUGUAUAUACAAAUAUAUACGUGUGUGUUAAGCUGAGCUGUGAUUGGUUGAGCUUCAAACUGUCCCACCUUCUUGGUUUCUAUAAAAAAUAUUUAAUUCA